AUGGACCUAAUCCCGCAUUGCGCCCUCUGCGCAGGGAAGUUUAGAAACCAUCAUGGCGAGCAUCCACCCCCAGGUCCUCUGCACUGGACUACAGUCGCCCGAUCAGUUCACGGGCCAGAUGGGCGCGAAGAAGACACUGUUCCACAAGUAACGGGCCUCGGCUAUGUUACUCGACACCGUGUGGCAGCUCGCCUCGACUAUGACAUUGGUUAUGCUGAUGCUGUAGGAGAAGAAGAAUUUCAGCUGCAGCACUUGCUCUUCCCCAUCGACAAAGUGAGAAACUUUAACAUUCACGAGUUCUGUUGGCAGUUUCUACUCUGCCGAAUCAAGAUUGAAACCGGCUCUGAACCAGAUCCCAGACGGGUCGGUGUCCUACUUUUCCACGUGUUGCAUUCCCUCCCAUGGGCGAGGCAUGGAGCUUUAGUACCCGAUCAUGGAUUCUUUGGUGCCCUUGACCUACUUCAAACCACCCGAGGUACAUCGGAUUUGAUGGAGGACCCAGAUCUGGGGAUGACGCCAGUACUAGAAGUCAGCAGAGGCUUCAUAAGGCCAUCACUAGAGAGUAUGAUGGAGGCUGUUGAAGACUUGGUCCCCGCCGAUAUGCCCCAACAACCCAACACACCAUCGAGUUGUGGCACGUUUGAAAAAUUUCCGGACGAGCUAAUCGUCCAGGUCUUUACUUUGCUUCCAUCCAAAGACGUGUGCUCUCUGAGACUUUCCUGCCCACGCCUGGCUGCUCUCUCAGCCCCAAAGAAUCUCCCUCAAGAAUUUUGGGCCACUCGUUUUCUCCCUGGCCGAGAGAUGGGGUUCCUUUCUUUCCCUACCCCUACAAGAUCCUCAGCUAUACGCCAUCGAAACUGGAUGGAAGUAUACCAGUUGUGUAAAUUGAUCAUCAACGACGAUCGCACUGCCAUGGGCUUCAAGAAUCGCCGGCGAAUUUGGCACUGCCUCGAGGAUUUUUCCACCAUUCUCGGUGCGUUAUUGGAAGUCGAUCUUCCCCCGUGGGAGGUUGUGAAUCAGAUUUCGCCUUUCGGACAUCUGGGAACACGAGUGACAUGCCCUGAGCUCCCCGACCACUACGACACUCUGGAACCCUUUGGCCAGUAUAUCACGCUGGGCACUCGGCUUCGAAAUGAGUUUGUCGCAUUCCUGGAGAAUGUAAGCCAUUCUGAUUCAACUUUGAUAGAGAUCUCUUCCAUCUCUCUUGUACGCAGUACAUACGUCUCAGGCAUUCGAGUUUCUGUCCAAUCCGCAGACGGUCAAUCCAGCGUCACUGGACAGUGCGGUUGUAUCAGCUCAUCAAACCUGACGUCAAUUACUAUCGAGCCUGGAGAUUUAAUCUCGGGUAUUGAUGUCUUCAUUUCUGAAUCUGGUAUCCAUUAUUUGAAGUUCUUCAUCACCAGACAUGAUGGCCAAACAUGCGUUUACAGCACUGGAAACGCGAGAUAUCCUGGUUUAGUCGCCACGACAAAGCUGGUCCCGCAAUCCGCGGUCAUCGGGUUCGUUGUUGGGUUUGAUCUAUAUAAAGCCGUCUCGAUCCAGCUCAUUGAAGAAGCCUACAUUCCAAGACCCAUCUCGAAGGCCCCUGUCCUAUGGAGCCCCCAGAUUCCAUCUAAGUUAGGACCAAAUAAGUACGGCCAACCAUCGUUGCCACCAGCAUUCACCAUUAAUCUCCACAUUCCCUUGGGGGGACCAGAUGGUUCUAGGCUGUCCUCUCUCCGUUCUGUCACGGCUUACUUCCAUGGGCGCACGGGCAUAUAUGGCCUUGAACUCGCAUAUGCGGAAGGAGACUCACUGUUUUACGGCACCAAAGAGACUAAAGGGCAGAGGGGAGAAUCAAUAAGUUGUGUAGCCCAGACUUUUGUCAUAGAUGGGCCGAAUUCGGAGAGAAUUAUGUUGCUCUCUCAGGGUUCUAUGCUAAGCGACACCCCUAUGGUAGGCAACAUUCAGGUUUGGACCAACUUUGGAAGACAUUAUACUUUUGGUGCUUCCAAUGGCUACUCCGUCAGAUAUGGGGAGGUCAUGCAAGGCCGAGGCCCCAUUGAGUCCUUGAUGGUCGAGGUCAAGUCCCCUGACUUGCGCUUUAUGAGUAUCUCAGCAGAGCAUUUCGAACAGCCCUACAGAUCAACGAACAUCGUCAUCAGACCGGGAAGUAGCCUACCUGCUACACCGGCCAUGGUUCAUGCCUGUUCGUGGAUGCAACAGAGAGAAGGUUGUUGUUGUACCACAGCGUGUCUCAAACGGAUCCGCCGUAUCCGCGUCUCUAUGGGCACCGAAAGUGGAAGCUCCCGUUCUAAGAACCAUAUAAGCGGCCUGUGGAUUGAGUACGAGGGCGGUAGAGGCGACGUAGUUGUUGGCCAGUGGUUGGAGGAGAGAACAUGCUUUCAGCUCAACCCAGGCGAAAGAAUCCUAGAAGUGGCCGUCUGGACUACAGUGGAAGUGGAACUGUCACGUUCUAUUGAGCGAUUCGGAAAAGUUGUCGGCAUUACGUUUGCAACGACUCAGAAUAAGUUCGAAUUGCGCCUGCCGCAGCACAGCGGAGUUCCGCAAUCGUAUCUGCGGUACCAUUCAACAGUUUUCGAAGAUUUGGAUUCGAUUACGUGGGUAUUUUGCGAGGGUAUGGACGACAUCCAAGUUCGGAUGAACGCCAGUUCAUUCUUGUCAACUAAGAUGCUUGUCUUGUCGCAUGCAACUCGGACCGAGCGCCCAUUGGACCUGGCUGAAGGGAUUACGCGACUUUAUCUCUCUCCCCCCAGCCCGACAUUCGAUGCUUCUGUAGCGCACCACGUUGAGGCCGCCAUGAGACAUGAGUUUAAUCGUGAAACUUUCUUCUUUAUGAAUGCGGACGAAAGCAAAAGGCUGUCGUCAGUAGGGAGAAUUGAUAUAUCUGCCGAUCGAAGUGGGAGCUGGACUGGACUCGCUUUUCAUUACCGUAACAGGCAAUCAACUCGUCACGGCAUACUCAACGGCAACCAGUGUUCAAUGCAACUGGAUUCCCUCAGAGGCGAGACAUUCGCCGUCCUCGUCGUUUUCAACAUGUUGGGUCACGGAAAAGGCUUCGGGAUUCAGACAACUCUAGGCCGCACGGCCAGGGCUGUGCCUCGCCAGGUUCCUAUCCUGUCUGCUGCAGUCUUUGCGCUUCUGCCUGAUGCGCAAUUUCCCAGCGCAGAGUCGUUGGGCUGUAGACAAGAUCAGGUCCAGUAUCAUGGGUUUCCAGAGCAAGGCCCUGAUGGUUAUGUCCCGGAGAAGUGUGUGGGAAUAUGGGUGGUAUCUCCUUCCCACCGCUCGGCAUCCGAAAUCGAGGAUGUUGGCCCCAUAUACAUGUGA